AGUGCUUACCUGUACCGUGCACAGUGGCACUAUCAUCAGACAAUGCUGACAUUCGAGGCAGAAGAUUUCUGACGCGUAACCGCUGAAGGAUUUUUGCUCCUCCCGAAUAACCCUAAGAAAAAUUCAAGUCAAUUUUCAGACAAUCCACAGUUGGUGCCGGGAAAACGUGCUCAUCAGUGGCAAGACAGCCACUAAUUUGAACUUUUGCCACCGACAAAAUUUACUUUUUUGAGGCACUUUUUGACGGCAUCAGGAUGAAACGGUGGAUGGAUUUGAGCGUGACUGUACUGGUUCUGUUCGUGGGGCUCGCCGCGGCGCACGUCCGGCUGACUUGGCCGCCGGCGAGGACCUUCGAUUUCGACUUCUUGGACAACAUCCGAACUGAAGUUCCUUGCGGCAUGCCAUCAGGCGGUCCAGUGUCGACAUUUGCACCUGGGCAGAAAGUCAACGUCACCUGGCAUCUUGCAUAUUCACACAGGGGCGGUUAUAAGCUGUUCAUCAUUCCACGUAACGGCUCAGAGAUAAUGGCCCACUUGACAACGGAAGAUGAAUGGGUCGGCACCAACGAAACAGGGACCAUCAUGCAUGAGGUCGAGAUCCCAUCCAACAUUGAGGGCGACUACACCCUGGUGUUGAAUCGUAACGCUGCGGAGUGGGUGACCGGUAACCCCAACCUACCCUUCUAUACGUUCCACAGCUGUGCGGAUAUCACAAUCACAGCCGGUGUCAUCUGUAACACAAACAUGGAAUGUUCUGGCAAUGGGCAAUGCACGAACAACAAGUGCGUAUGUGAAGACCUUGCGAGUGGUGAUUUCUGCCAGUAUGUCGAUGAGUGCAUGAAUGAAGACGAUUGUAGUAAUCACGGAGAAUGUAUGGAAGUCUCCGAUGUAAGCUACACCUAUCCCCGCUAUGUCUGCUUCUGCAGUGAUGGAUACUUUGGACAACACUGCGAAAUGGAAAAUCCAUCGGACUUCAAGGUUGAUAUGACAAUGGAGGAAAUGUCCAGCUACUACCACAGGGAUCUGUCUGAUUCAAUGUCCGUGUACUUCACAGUACUGACAGCCACAAAUGAAGUUGAAGUGAUUGUCAAGUCAACCGGCAAGGGCUGGAUUGGAUUCGGAUGGCGUCCCAGCGGUAUGGACGGCACCUGUCGUAACUUCCCAGUGGCGUACACCUCAGGGGCCGUGCCGGAGGGGGAACCAGAGGGAGAACCUGGAGCUGAACCUGAACCGACGGCCGCGGGACGACGUCGUCGUCGUUCCGUCCGCUCAGUCCGCAUUCCACGUGACUCCGACGGUGGCGGGAUGGACAUGGACGAUGAGUGCAUCCCGUGGGGCUCUGGGGGCGCCGAGCCAGGGGCGAGUGCGGAGCCAGAACCAGAGGCGGAGCCGACGGCAGAGCCAGGGGCGGUGCCAACGGCAGGACCAACUUUGGAGCCAGGGGCCACAGCUGAGCCAGCAGCAGAGGGAGAACCAGAGGGAGAACCUGAAGCACCAGCAGCUGCCUUACAUCCGAUGGACUGCAUGGAUAUUGUCAUCGGCAUGGUAGAUGGCGGGCUGUCCCGCGUUGGUGAUUACUACACCCGCGAUCGGUCCACGCCGCGACGCGACAGUUUCUACGGAGGAAUGGAAAGCCUGACGGCAGCAGGAGGGAAAGAAUACAACGAUCGCACCAUCGUCAAAUUCCGUAGAAAGCUCACGUCCACUGAGCGUUCUGAUCACAGCAUCAUGAACGGACCGAUGACUGUCAUCUUCGCUCGGGGCCAGGACUACGGGAGAUACGUGCAUAACCCGCCCAGCGGCGUCGAGCACUGCACGACUAGCCAGAGGUUCUACAAACGGUUUGAGCUGAAGUAUCACGGCACUGCCCAAAGCCAGCGUGGACAGGUUCCCAACUUUAACUUCUACGAGGACCCCAACGCGCCCCCACAGACCGGCCCAUGCAACGGUGACUACUCAAUGCCCAUGAACUGCCAGGGAGACGCAUGUGAUUACAAAAUCACUUGGACUUUCCGCGAGGCUGACGAUAAGAUCCAGUUCAACAUUGUCGCUAAGACAGAAAGCAACAGGUGGACCGGUGUGGGGUUCUCUAAGCAAGGCGCUAUGGUUGGUUCAGAUGCCGUCAUUGCCUUCAAUGGAGCCAACGGGGUGGUAGUUGAAGACCGUUUCUUGGGAGGCAAGAGCGCAAACACGGUCGUCAUUGACGAUACCAACAACCUUGAAGAGGUAUCUGCCUCUUACGACAACGGCAUCAUGACGGUGGCUUUCCGACGCCCCAGGGACACGGGGGAUAAUCAGGACGUUGCAUUCACCGACGACCCCAGUGGCUGCCUCCACUUGUUGAUCCCCACCCAGGGAGGAACGUUCACCGAGGGAACACCCAACAUGAUCGGCUACCACGCACAGACUCCGAUGGUCGUUCCAAAGGUCUGCAUCAAGGCCUGCGAUGAAGGACCAGGAACUGGUGAUAAUAGUGGAACCAAUCUGUCGGCACGACUGAGCACUGUAUUAUUUAUCAUGGUUCUGGUAUUCAUCCUGAAGAUGUAAACAACUGCUGAAGAUGUAAACAUCUACAAAAACUGAAUAUGUAAACAACAACGACAAAAGCUGAAGAUAUCAGCAACAACACAAGCAGGUUUGUCAUUCAUCCCACAGAUAUUUGCGAGAAUAAUCAGUAAAGCCUGUCGAACACAAUGUAGCUUUAAAACAGAACCUGAAAAAGACUGUGCUUUGGAAGACAGUUUAAGUUAGAUUGGAAGUAUUUGUUUUUUAAGGCUCAAUAAACGUAGAAAAAAACAGUAUUAUCUUGAAUAGAGACUGGAAUAUCAUAAUAGUAUUGGAGAAGGCUGUAUUUUGGGAACAAAGUUAAUUAAACUUUUGUAAUUUGAAUCAAUUCUACCUCCUCAAUUACAUGUCAACAUUGAAAUUCUUUGGAUAAAAAAAAAUAAAAGGUUCGUGUAAUUUGAGGCAUAAAAUGAGGCUGAAACGUGUGGCUCAACAUUUAAGAUUGAUGCUGAGCCAAAAAUAUGAAGCUGAUGUGUCCUCAGCAAUACAUGAAACAGCAGUAGGAUGAGUACGUUGGGCGAUAACUAGGAGUCUAGGAGUAAGGACUACAAUGUGAGUAGUGGUAUAAACUAGAACAUGAUUAACUAGGAAUUAUGAACAAUUGAAAAGAACUUUGCUUCAUGUUAAAUUGGUUGUCGUGAUUAAUACAUUUUUUCAUAGCUCAUUUUAUUGACUUGUUCAAUUUGUUGUGUAUUUUGGAUUCACUUAUUUAACCAUGAAUGUUUGGUGUACUCAGAAAUUUAUCACAUAAAAAAGUUGGUUUUAAAUAUUCACAGUAUUUGGAUAAAAUUGUAAAAGUUCUCAUUUUUCAAGUAAGGUGUUUAGUUUUUUUCAUUAUUUAGCUCAAGUAGUCUUUAAUUCACUUUAGUUCAAAAAUUGAGUAUUCUGUGAUAUUUAAAUGUAAAAAGUAUUCGUUUUUAGUAUGUUAAUCGUUUUAUGUAGAUUUAUAAAAUGAUACCCAUACACGGUAAUGCUUCAAUAGCAACUUUUGCCGGGUCCAACUUAUUGGGACAAAGUUGUUGAAAUCUAUGAAAAUUUAAAGGAAAAGACCGGUUUUACGUAACAUGAUCAAUUAAUGGCCUUAAAAUCUAUCAAUGCAAAAAUGUAACAUACCGGUGGUGCAAUGUUUUAAGAAAACAUAUCACGAUUUAUUUUGACUUUAUUAGACACGAUUGGCUUUCAGCAUGUGAUCUGGUGCCUGCUCAUAAUGUGCCCUUACUUUUUAGUGAAAAUUGGCAAAAAACAGGAUUUUUUUUAUUUUUUGACAAAAGUUGAAAAUGCAUAUAUAAAGUUUUUUUGUGAUGUUGUGUGUGCCUUAUGUCUUCAUAGUAAGUGUCUUUCACUUUUAUGCACAUUUUGAAGAGGCUUUGAUAAAUAUUACAGUAAUCAGUGAAUGUUUAUAUAUACCUAUAAAUCUAUAUUUCAGCACUAUUUUAGAUGGUCAUUCUUAUUAAGG